AGACCGUGCGGCAGGUGAACGCAAGUGUGUGAAUCAUGUUUAUGUUAGUUUGUGGUGCGGUAUUCUUCCCGGGACUCUUCUUAAUUUCAAGGAAAUUACUUCAGUCAUCCUUCAAAAGCUGGAAUGAUGCAGAUGUUGUCGUGGUCAGCCAAAGGUUGAUGUCCUCCACCUAUGCCAUUCUGGCUACUAUUGUUGGAAUUAUAGUUGCAUCGUCCUCCAAUGAUGUGAUGUCUGAAAGGCACAGAUUGACCAAUGGCUUCGUCUGGUUCGGUGCUCCCUAUAAGGCCUUCGAUAUCUACGCCAUGUAUCUGAGCAACUACCACAGUCAAAAGGUCAAGGGGCACGAGGCGUACAGAGAGCACUCCAUCCUUACCGUCAAGCUGUUCCUCCUCCACUAUCCCCUGCUGGUGGUCCAUCACAUUGCGCUCCUCACGGUCUUCACGCCCAUCACCCUGUUCCUCAGAACAGGUCUAGGUGGAGACUUUUUCAUUGGAUGUUUCUUCAUGGCAGAAUUCAGCACUCCCUUUGUCUCACUCGGAAAAGUACUGAUCCAGCUUGGACUAGAGGACUCGUGGCUUCACACGGUCAACAGCGUUGUGGCUCUGCUGAGUUUCUUCACCUGCCGUAUCCUGGUCUUCCCCUACAUGUACUGGGUUUACAGUCAACAGUACCACAUUCCCUUCCACAAAGUGCCUUUUCAUCUACAGCUCCAUUGUAAUUUAGCCAACCUGUCCCUACUAGCACCACAGGUCUAUUGGUUUGUGCUGUUAUGUCGCAAGGCUUAUCGACUCCAUCUCCGUCCGACUGCAAGAUCAAAGAGUCAACCUGCUCACAACAAUGGCUACAAGUCAGAUUAGAGCCAGGUACUCGUCUGUGAUUCAGUGGAAAACAGUUACAUUUUUUAAUUUGUCACUCUGAAACGGCGUGUGUGGAACACAGGGCAUGCCAAUGAAUGUACAUAUAUUCAUCAAAGAUUCUCAAUGAUCAGAACUUCUGAAUGUGGGUCAAUUCUAAAUGUACUGUAACUUCCAAAAAGAAUUGUCAGCCUUUAAAAAUAAUAAAUAGACUGGCC